CAGACUGAUGUCGUUGAUGGUAUCCUAGUUCUCACAUCAUCUAUUCUCCUCACAAUAAUAUUCUCAAAAUAAUAGUUUGAUCUGUUUGACAUCAACCUCAACCAACAAAUUCUUUACGAAACCAUACGAGUACCUUGGUAUCCUCAAUUUACGCUACAUACCUCACCCUGCGAAAACGAACCCAGACGAAAGAAAAGACCGGAUUCACCAUCAGAUCAGCCCCCAAGUAGAUCUCUUCGACAAAUCCAACCCUUGCGUUGCCUCAUCCCUGCUCCGGCGAUCGAAACAAUCUCUCACCAGUUCUCUCGCGGCUUCGCUUCCCUCCUUCUGACCGACAACCUGGCCCUUUUUGGGUCGCCUGGCGAAACUGGCCCCCUUUUUCCCUGCCCUACGCAUCAGACUGAGUGGAAGGGGAAGGCUUCUCGAAGGUGUAAUUUCGCACAAUCAAAAGAGUCCACAAAUCACUUUGAAGCAAGAGACAGGUGAGACGGUAGCGGCAGAAGAUCACUACCCAUACCGGUGGUCCCUCAAGGCCUCCAGUUCUUUCGCCAAAACCACGCCUAACUACAUCGGACAGGGCGUCCUAGUCAGACAACUCCUGGCCUAACUCGUAUCCGACUCGUGCCGCCAGGGUCGGAUUCUUCUCGAAUUACAGCAUUAUCCACCGCUGCUACGGACACCCCGGCCUAGUCUGCGGCUUCAACAAACUCCACCUCCUCGUGGUCUCGUGGUGAGGCAAUCCCGGCUCUUCGUGGGUUGCGGAUUGCGCCCCCAUUCGCAUUUUUUGGCCCACUCACCGUGCUGGGUGUCGACCGCCAGUCUUUCUGCAAUGUGUUGCGGAUUCCCUCCAAGUCGUCAACAUCUUUACCCGUACGAUUCCCAGUUCUCUUUAUGCCCGAUCCAAGCGAUGCGACUGUCGUCGACUCCAUGACCUCGCCAACUGACAAUUUGCCAGUUCAUAAUACGCAGUCCGACACCUCUAGAUAUACUUCCUCGCCUCCAAUUCCGCCUGGUCGGGAUAUCGCUCGCCCGCCACAUCACCAUCACACGAGUUCGAGCAGUAUUACUCAGAGUAAAAGUCGGCGUUCACUUGCCUCACUCGCACGUGAAAAAACUUCGAACGCAUUCGCCAAUUUGGCUUCAAUAGGCACAACAUCUACACCUAGCCUUCGAUCCGCCACCUCUUCGGGAAGUUUGGGCAGGCAUUCCAUCGCCAGCGGGUCAGUCCGUCCAAACCUACCACGCUCGCCAACAUCGCCAGAAGUUCAUUCUGGAACACAACGGAGAACCAGUGGAACUCAUCUACCCGGGCAAGAUCCUCGAAGUAGUACCUCUGUCCCACCAAUGCCGAAUCCCGAUCGCAACAAUGGAAGGAUGCAUCAGUCUUCCUCCAAGGUCCUGCGAAUGACUGACGACGAAAGACCUUUCACCCGAGACUUCAAGGAUCUCUUCUCGACGCUGAUCACCAGUCUCCCUCUUACUCCCCAUCGCGUAAGGUUCUCCAGAGUCGAGGAAACCUUUCUGUCUGAAGAAGCCAUCACGAAUCUGGGGUCCCUAAAGUUCUCGCAGUCCAAUCGCAUACCCGACCCCAAGAACCCUUCGCGAUGGGUAGUCACCACGACCACGACCACAUUCUCCAUGGCCAAAGAGAUGGCUCGCUCGGUUUGUCAACGCUUUGUAGACGCCCGCCUCAUUGAGUCUGCCGAGAACAAGUCGAUCACCACGUUCAAUACCAAAGGGGGUGUCUGGCAACUAACGCCGAAGGGUCUGUCAAUUCUCUCGAGGUUCUGCAGCCGCAACGGUAUCAACGCGCGGCACAUCGAGCCACUUCUGAAACGAAACCACAUGCACAUGGUUGCCCUAGAGAGAGACUCGUUGACGGACAAGAUUCACCAAGAUCGGGCCACCGUCGAGAUCAUUUUCCGCAGAUUCAUGGGUUCUGAUGGCCCGAACUUGAAGAGUUCCGUAUCUUUAUCGGACUCGGAUUCCAUCUCAGACUAUGCUACUGGUCUGAUCGGUGUCAAGAUGGCAAAGGAACGCAGAGUGCUUGAUAAAAUUGUCCCCUACACCUUUACUGGAAAGGCCGCUUCCGACUGGCUCCUCGACUGCACAACUACUAUCGACCGCAGGGAAACCUACGAGAUGGCAGAGUUGUUCGUCAAAUGGGGCCUCAUUCAACCAGUCAUUGAAGACAGAGCCUACACUCGUCAACACCCAAUGUCAACCUACUUCCAGCCCACAAAGCAUGCCGUGUACACUGUAACGGAACGCGGUCAACGUGUAUGCGGCUGGAUUGCCCGCCCGCCCAGUGUCGAGAGCGAGGAUAGCCGCGACGUUAAGGAAAAGGGACGGAUGACACGGGAUUCUAAUGUCGGUCGACUGAACGUUAUCCUCCAGGAUGCUGCCUUACGUCUGUUAUUUAGAGAAUUCCUUCGGCAAUCACUGUGUGAAGAAAACCUUGGAUUCUACCUCGACGUCACAGAGUUUAUCUCUGCAUAUCGUCAACUGGACGAGUCAGGACGACUGAGCAAGCCAGAUGUGGUGAGGGAAACCCUGGCAGGAGCAUAUGGGCUGUACAACUCUUUCCUAGCUUCGGGCGCACCCUCUGAGUUAAACAUUGAUCAUUCCCUGCGAAAUCGCCUCGACAGUCGCAUGAUCCGCACAAACCCUGAUGAUGAGGCCAUGAGAGAAUCUCUCGACGAAGUUAUCGAACUGUUUGAGCUUGCGCAGGCUGCUGUGUUCAAACUGAUGGCAAGCGAUUCCGUUCCCAAGUUCCUUCGCGAUCCCAAAAACGCUACAGUUUUCCGAGAUCAUGAAAUUGAUCUAAUAUCUGGCACAAAUCGCACCUUGUCUCCUGCUCCCGAAGGCCUGGUGAGCCGAUCGAAUACACGAUCAUAACACCCGCUCCUCUCUCACUCGACAAGUGUCGCAAUUGUCCGCAACAGAAGAGCAAGACGGGCUCCUUUGGAUCUAUUUGCAUUGCACAUUUAAAUGUGAUGAAUAUUACGAACACAACAAAGGUCUGCGUCGUGGAUCUUAAUGUACAAACAAGGGCACUUGCCCAUUUUUUUUGUCAAUAAUCAAGAUUGUUACGACAAGCGUGACCAAGAGUCUAUUGACUCAUGGUAGGACUUGUCUACUGGUGGGUUUCCCACAAUCUCUGCAUAGAAACCGCUCGGCGUUCAGCAUAGCGUGGUCUGUCUGGGAGGCGUUAUAAACGGUUUUAAGGCAAGCAUAUUUAGCAGCAUGGUCUUCCGGUCGGCAUUUGCAUUGGAAAGAUACCCCUGUGGAGGAAAGCAAAGCCGUAGACGGGAAGACGAGGAUGUGAGCAUCGUUGGACUCUGGUAGUCAUAGGCUAGUUUACUGGUGCUUGUUGGGAGUAAUGAGGCUGUGUGAGCCGGUGCUUUGGGAUAAACUUGACCCAAGAGGGAUGGAACAUGGAAAUACUGCACAUUACACAAAGAGUAUCCUAUUUUCCUCACG